CUGUGGCGACCAUCGAUCGAUGGCCAGUUGGUCCGUUCAGUUGCCAAUCAAUCGCCAUGGCUGAUCCACGUCCCCAUCUCACCCUGCUAAUCCUCGGACUGAUUUGCGCCGGACUCUCUGUCGUUCCGGAGGCGCAGGCCCUGCCCCAGGGCCGGAUUCUCGGCGGGGAGGACGCCGUUCAGGGCGAGUUCCCCUGGUCCGUAUCUGUCCGCUACCUGAAGGCCCACGCCUGCUCCGGCAGUCUCAUCUCCGACAGCUACAUCCUCACCGCCGCCCACUGCGUCUCCAACGUGGGAACCACGCCUGUAAGUACCAGUGACGUCCAGGUGCGAGUGGGAAGCAUCAAUCAGUUCGCCGGAGGCAGCAUCGUGUCCGUGAAGAGGAUCCUGAUCCAUCCCUCCUACGGAAACUUCCUGCACGACAUUGCCCUGAUCGAACUGAACAGCCCCCUGACCUUCUCCAGCACCAUUGCAGCCGUGACCUUGCCCACUGCCAGCGAGGGGGAGCCCGAGGAGACGGAGGUCGAGGAGGAGGAGCUGCCCAACGGAACGCCUGUCUAUGUGGCCGGGUGGGGCGAGCUCUCGGACGGAUCUGCCGGCUACAAGCUGCAGAAGGCCAACUUCAACACGCUGAGUGCCCCAUACUGCGAACUGGCAGCCGGAUACGGAUACGACUCUACCGUGUGCCUGUCCCGGGGCGAAAACGAGGGCAUCUGCCGUGGGGAUGCCGGAGCCGGAGUGCUCGAUGACCAGAAGGUCCUGCGUGCCAUCACCAGUUUCUACUUCGGAGACUGCGGCAGCAAGUACCCGGACAUCUCCACCAAGGUCUCCUACUACCUGGACUGGAUUUCCGCCAACACCGCCGAGGAGUAAAAAAUCGCCAGGAUACUAGCAGGAUUAGCCCCUCUUUUUUUACACAUUUUUUUUACUGUGCCUUAAUUGUGUGCUUCCUCUAAAAUAACAAAAAAUACCAUACCGAAAAUGUGA